CUGGCACUGAUGAUGAAAAUUGGGGAAAACAGGGGGGUGAAGAGGAUUGGGUAUACGGGGCUGUGGAGCAAAUAUGAAAUGACGGUCAACGGUGUAUUCGUGUUUGUAUCUAAACAUAUUCAUCGGGUUGCCCCUGUGUUGUAACCGGGAGGUAACUAUAUGUGGAGAUACAAAGACAGCGAUUUUAACUUGGCAACGUAGCUAGCUAGCUACGCAAGGACAGAAAGGAGGGGGCUGGUGCAAGGUAGCUAGCUAGCUAGUUGGCUAGCUAGAUCAGAAAAGGAAAACAAUAUGGCCGCAGUGGAGCUCGAAUGGAUCCCAGAGACACUGUAUAACACUGCUAUUUCUGCCGUGGUGGACAAUUACAGCCGAUCGCGAAGGGAUAUCCGUUCCCUUCCAGAAAAUAUACAGUUUGAUGUGUACUACAAGCUGUACCAGCAGGGCAGGCUGUGCCAGCUCGGUGGGGAGUUCUGUGAGCUGGAGGUCUUUGCCAAAGUCCUGCGUGCGUCGGACAAAAGACACCUCCUCCACCACUGUUUCCAGGCCCUCAUGGACCACGGCGUGAAGGUGGCCUCGGUGCUGGCCAGCUCCUUCAGCCGCCGCUGCUCCUACAUCGCCGAGUCGGACGCGCACGUCAAAGAGAAGGCCAUUCAGUUCGGCUUCGUCUUGGGCGGCUUCCUGUCGGACGCGGGCUGGUACGGCGACGCGGAGAAGGUGUUCCUGUCGUGUCUGCAGCUGUGCACGCUGCACGACGAGGUCCUGCACUGGUACCGUGCCGUGGAGUGCUGCGUGAGGCUGCUUCACGUGCGCAACGGCAACUGCAAGUACCACCUGGGGGAGGAGACCUUCAAGCUGGCCCAGUCCUACAUGGACAAGCUGGCCAAGCACGGCCACCAGGCCAACAAGGCUGCGCUCUACGGGGAGCUGUGCGCCCUGCUGUUCGCCAAGAGCCACUACGACGAGGCGUACCGGUGGUGCAUAGAGGCCAUGAGGGAGAUCACCGUGGGCUUGCCCGUCAAGGUGGUUGUUGACGUUCUGAGGCAGGCCUCUAAGGCCUGUGUGGUGAAGCGGGAGUUCCGGAAAGCGGAGCAGUUGAUAAAGCACGCGGUGUUUCUGGCUCGGGAACAUUUUGGACACAAGCACCCCAAAUACUCGGACACGCUUCUAGACUACGGGUUCUACCUGCUGAACGUAGAUAACAUCUGUCAAUCUGUCGCCAUUUACCAGACGGCCCUGGACAUUCGGCAGUCCGUCUUCGGGGGGAAGAACAUCCACGUGGCCACGGCGCACGAGGACCUCGCGUACUCCUCUUAUGUACACCAGUACAGCUCUGGUAAAUUUGACAAUGCACUAUUCCACGCAGAACGUGCCAUAGACAUCAUCACUCACAUUCUACCCGAAGACCAUCUACUGCUCGCCUCGUCCAAAAGGGUGAAAGCCCUCAUCCUGGAGGAGAUCGCCAUCGACUGCCACAACAAAGAAACGGAGGAGAGGCUGCUGCAGGAGGCGCACGACCUCCACCUCUCCUCCCUCCAGCUGGCCAAAAAAGCCUUUGGGGAGUUCAACGUCCAGACCGCUAAGCACUACGGCAACCUGGGCCGGCUCUACCAGUCCAUGCGCAAGUUCAAGGAGGCGGAGGAGAUGCACAUCAAGGCGAUCCAGAUCAAGGAGCAGCUCCUGGGCCAGGAGGACUAUGAGGUGGCCCUGUCCGUGGGCCACCUGGCCUCGCUCUACAACUACGACAUGAACCAGUACGACGACGCCGAGAAGCUGUACCUGCGCUCCAUCGCCAUCGGUAAGAAGCUGUUCGGCGAGGGCUACAGCGGACUGGAGUACGACUACAGGGGCCUGAUUAAACUGUACAACUCUGUGGGGAACUAUGAGAAGGUGUUUGAGUACCACAACAUUCUGUCCAACUGGAACCGCCUGAGGGACCGGCAGUUUGCGGUGGCCGACGCCCUGGAGGACGUCAACACCAGCCCGCAGGCCACCGAGGAGGUGGUGCAGUCCUUCCUGCUGUCGCAGGGCCACGGGGCGGGGCACGGCUGCUUGGGCUGAGCAGGGCGACACGUCUUCACUCACACACACACCAACACACACACACUCACAUUAAUACAAGCACUCAUACAUGAAUACACACACACAAACACACACACACUCACAUUAAUACACGCACUCAUACAUGAAUACACACGC